GGGUGAGUAAGAGGUGGAGCCUCUCUGACGUCACCACCGGAAGUAGAAGCGUCAGCUGACAGCAGGAGAAGCGCACCAGCCUCCAGCUAUCAAAGCAAAGAUGUCUAUCUACCCCAAAUCUCACAAUCCUUUCGCCGAUGAUGAUGAUGAAGAGGAAUCAAAGCCUCGGAGGGGCUUUAACUUUGACGACGAUCCGGAGGAGAGUUCUCUGAGUCCGGCGGAGAGGCGGCAGAGACAGCUGCAGCAGGAAGUGAUGCGUACAGCGCAGUCGGCCGUGGACAGCAGCCACCGCUCGCUCGGCCUCGUCUACGAAUCAGAGAGAGUCGGAGCCGAGACGGCGGAGGAACUGAUUCGUCAAGGUGAGGCUUUGAAGAGGACCGAGAAGAUGAUUGACAACAUGGAGCAGGACAUGAGGACGAGCCAGAGGCACAUAAACACCAUUAAGAGUGUGUGGGGGGGCGUGGUCAACUAUUUCAAAGGCAAACCUGAACCUCCCAGAGCUGCUCAGAAGGAGCCGCCCGUGUCCUACGAGGCCAACAGCAGGUUACAGAACGCACUUACGGAGAGCAAACAGCAGGAAGACAAAUAUCAAGCCAGCCAUCCCAGUCUCAGGAAACUGGACACAUCUGGAUUCGGCGCGUCUGCUUCGCUGGAUAACGAGCCGUCCGAUCAGAACGGGUAUCCCAGGAACAAACAGCUGCGGGCCGCCCAUCAUCAGCUGGACAGUAACCUCGAUGAAAUGUCUCUGGGUCUGGGUCGUCUGAAGAACCUGGGUCUGGGGCUGCAGGCCGAGAUCGACGACCAGGACGCUUCUCUGGACGCUCUGCUCAAUAAGGUCGACACGAUGGACGGCAAGAUCGCCUCCACCAACCGGCAGCUCAAAAACCUCAAAUAGACUCCCAGAGUGAUGUCAUUUCCUGGAGGCGUGGCCGAGGUGAUCCGAAACACCUGCUUAGAAACAUUUCUGGUGUGUGUGUUAUGCAUUUGAGAAAAGAUGAGGAGAAACACGAGCUAGUUUAUUGAGACGUUCAGCACUCGUCAUUUCAGUUCUGCCUUCAUUUAAUCUUCAGAAAGAUAUCGAGCUGCCUUAAACUUCACUGAUUUCAGACUGAUUCUCGUUGUGCUGUCAUUGCAUUUCACCACAGUCUAUACACGAGGCACUACUGUGAAUGCAACCCACGAAAUAUCCACUGACCUGAGGUCGAAUCUGUGUUGUUUUCCUUUAGUUGUUUUCUUUUUCAGGGAUAUGUUAGGUUGGCUUUCUAUGACAUACCAGACUGAAAAUCUGUUUGUUUCUGCAUCAUCUGUAAAUCAUUGUUCAAAUGUUGUACUCCUAUUUCUGUCUGCUGAAUGUGACAUAUGUGAACGAAAAUAAAAUAUGUUUUAAUUUGA